UCAACCGCCCUAUGUUGAUUCUUCGUGGAGAGAAUGGCUUUGUGUGUCACCACAAGAACUCCAACACUCUGAACGCAAAUCGAUCUGUCUAUGACAUUUUCACAUUGAUCUUCAAUGAUGGCGCCUACAAUGUAAAAAGUGUCAAUGGAAAGUUCUGGUACAUCUCUAGCAGUGGCCUAGUGUGCACAGAUGGAGAAAAGCCAGAGGACUUUUUCCUUGAGUUCCUGGAACAUGGACGUGUCGCCAUCAAGGGGACUGAUGGCAAGUACCUUCGUGGAGACCAGGGAGGUACACUUAUGGGUCAUGGCACAACCGUUGAUGUAUCUUCUCUUUGGGAGUAUUGAUCCCUUUCAAUCAAGGUCCUCAAAGAGGGAGCAAGAGGGCGGGGUGCAAGACCCACUUUUAUCAAAUGAAGCAGACUGACAGGGUAAAAAAAAUCUGCCUGUUUUUAUACUAGCUGCCUGAGCCCAUGUUUUCUUUUAGUUUUUUUUCAAAAAGAGAACACUUUAGGAAGAUAUGUUUGGUUUUAAUUGUACAUGUUACAUUUUUUUGUCUUUUAAAUAACAAUGCCAACAUCAAACAACACAUAGAUGUGUGAGCAAAUAUAAUUUCACAAAUACAGAAUAAGACAGCAGCUCUCCCAAUUCAUUCAGCCAUACUUCGUAUUUAACAAAAACGUACGUAACAAAUAUUUUUGAGGGAAGCCACACUGAUCAGUAACUGAACAAAGAGAGUUGCUGCCCUAACUGGUUGUGAUGCUGCCUAAAGGCCUAAAGGAACAUUUAGUCCAUCUGCUGCUAAUUUUCACUGCCUAAAUAGACUGUAUAUCUCCAAAAGCUGAAAAAACAGCUAUCAAAAGUGAUACAAAUCUGGCAGAGUAGGACACCUUACUCCUGAACAUUCACACAUUAACUAAAUAUUAAUGAAAAACACACAAACAAAGGAUUAGUAUGGCUGGAUUCUUGGGUUUACUAAAAACAAAACAAAAAAACAAGGAUACUCAUUCAUAGACACCAAAUUAACUUCAUUUGGUCUAGGUGACUAGACCUAAGUCAACUAUGUAUAUCAGGAUCUUACUUUUGUAACCUCUGUCAAUCAUCCCACUGCAUUUGUUUACAGCUUUUAAAUGAUUUCAAUACUUUGACAUGCUUUAUAAGAACAGUGUGGUCAUUGACGUCACUCUAAGCAAUUGUAAUGCACCACUGUCUUCAAAUUCAAUGGCUGGUGCCAAUGGUGUUGGUGUCAUUUUUCUUAAUGUACCAUUAACAGCUUCCAGCACAAUAUGAAGUAAGUGCACCUCUGCAAUGCUGAGCAAUAUAUAUCCAAAGAAGACUUGCAAACACUGAAAUAGGUUAUGUGUAACACAUAUAGAAAUACAGAGAUCAGA